UCGACAAGGAGGGCGGCUGCGUGGUUAGAGCUGGUGUCACCCAUCGUGACCACGCAGCCGGGGCGGUGCGGAGCUGCUCUGUGCUGAAGGGAAAGGCCUGGCUCCUUCCUGAAGCUCCUGCUGCCUUGGGGCAGGGAAAGCAGCAUGGAAGCAGGAGUGGUUUAUCCUCUGUCAGACUCCCCCUCCGGGAAGAUGUCCCAGUCCUCGCCCGCUGAUGAAGGCACAACGUUUGAGCACCUCUGGAGCACGCUGGAGCCAGACAGCACCUACUUUGACCUCCCUCCAUCCAACCACGCCAGCAGCAAUGAGGUCUCCAACCGCACGGAGGUCACGAUGGAUGUCUUCCAGAUGAGGAGCAUGAAUGACUCGGUCAUGUCCCAGUUCAAUUUGCUGAACAACAGCAUGGAUCAGAGCAUCGGCAGCAGAGCAGCCUCCACCAGCCCCUACAGCUCCGAGCACACCUCCAAUGUCCCAACGCAUUCGCCCUACUCGCAGCCCAGCUCUACCUUCGACGCCAUGUCCCCAGCUCCCGUCAUCCCCUCCAACACUGACUACCCUGGUCCCCACCACUUUGAGGUGACCUUCCAGCAAUCCAGCACCGCCAAGUCGGCCACCUGGACAUACUCCCCCCUGCUGAAGAAACUCUACUGCCAGAUCGCCAAGACAUGUCCCAUCCAGAUCAAGGUGUCCUCGCCGCCUCCGCCGGGCACCAUCAUCCGGGCCAUGCCCAUCUACAAGAAGGCAGAGCACGUCACCGAGGUGGUGAAGCGCUGCCCCAACCACGAGCUCGGCCGCGACUUCAAUGAUGGCCAGGCAGCCCCCGCCAGCCACCUCAUCCGCGUGGAAGGCAACAACCUCUCCCAGUACGUGGAUGACCCCGUGACGGGAAGGCAGAGCGUGAUGGUGCCCUAUGAGCCUCCACAGGUGGGGACCGAGUUCACCACCAUCCUGUACAACUUCAUGUGCAACAGCAGCUGCGUGGGAGGGAUGAACAGGAGGCCCAUCCUCAUCAUCAUCACCCUGGAGACACGAGACGGCCAGGUCCUAGGGAGGAGAUCCUUCGAGGGCCGCAUCUGUGCCUGCCCGGGCAGGGACCGCAAGGCUGAUGAGGACCAUUACCGGGAGCAGCAAGCCCUGAAUGAGAGCGCAGCCAAGAACGGCAGCACCAACAAGCGCACGUUCAAGCAGAGCCCUCAGGGCAUCCCAGCACUAGGGGCUGGCAUUAAGAAGCGACGGCACGGGGAGGAAGAGAUGUAUUAUGUGCCUGUGCGAGGCCGGGAGAACUUCGAGAUCCUGAUGAAGAUAAAGGAGAGCCUGGAGCUGGUGGAGCUGGUCCCGCAGCAGCUGGUUGACUCCUACCGGCAGCAGCAGCAGCAGGUCCUGCAGAGGCAGACCCAGCUGCAGACACCGUCCUCCUACGGCCCCGUCCUUUCACCCAUGAACAAGGUCCACGGCGGAGGCAUCAACAAGCUGCCCUCGGUGAACCAGUUGGUGGGGCAGCCCGCACAGCACGGCUCCGGCUCCGCGCCCGGCCUCGCACCCAUGGGACCCGGAAUGCUGAACAGUCACCCCAUGCAGCCCAAUGGAGAGAUGAAUGGGGGCCAUGCGUCCCAGUCCAUGGUGUCCGGAUCACACUGCACCCCCCCGCCGCCCUACAACCCCGACCCCAGCCUCGUCAGUUUUUUAACAGGAUUGGGGUGUCCAAACUGCAUCGACUAUUUCACCUCCCAGGGCUUACAGAACAUUUACCACCUGCAGAACCUAUCCAUAGAGGACCUCGGAGCACUGAAGAUCCCGGAGCAGUACCGCAUGGUCAUCUGGCGAGGGCUGCAGGAGCUCAAGCAGAGCCACGACUACGGCGCGCAGCAGCUCCUGCGCUCCAGCAGCAACGCCUCCACCAUCUCCAUCGGCAGCUCGGGGGAGCUGCAGCGGCAGCGGGUGAUGGAGGCCGUGCACUUCCGCGUGCGCCACACCAUCACCAUCCCCAACCGCGGCGCUGCCGACGACUGGGCAGACUUCGGCUUCGACCUCCCCGACUGCAAAUCCCGCAAACAGUCCAUAAAGGAGGAAUUCACGGAGGGGGAGAUCAACUGAGGGGCUCCCGUGAGCCAGAGACCCGGGGCGGGGGGGAUGAACCCCGCUCUGAAAGACAUUUUCAGCCUUGGGUGGCUGGAGCAGUGUGACGGUGGUGUCUGGAGGGGGACUGCAGCCCUGUGCCACAGCACGGCCCCAGGCGGUGCUGGCUUCGGGGGAGGUGAUGAGGAGGGCGGCUGAUGCCGUCGCAGGAUGGAGCACGGAGAGCAGGCACCGUGGCUCUUACCGGAGCAGCCCCACGGGGGUGGAUGCGGCGUUGCUGUCCCCUUUGGAAGACCGGCCUUUGGCACCGCCUGCCCCCGUUCUGUGCUCUCCGUGGUGUCCAGAACUGAGAGGCUGUCACUGCUGUACACGGACUCAGCCCUGCCCCGUCCCGUGCUCUGCACACUCGCCAGCGGGACGCACCCGCUCUGCUUCCCCAGCGGACUGCCAGGAAGUCCCCAUCCCCUUCAGUUCUUUGUAGAGCCAAACCUGUUUGUUCCCCCACGUGUUCAUGUACUUAACUAUUGGUGUAUAUAAACAGAAGCGAUUGUACAUACGUAUCCUCAUCGUGCUCUAAGGAGAAAAGAUUUAUUUUCAUGUAAGCUAUAAAAAUUGAUACUUACUCCUGAGA